AUGGCCUCUCUACUCAUACCUCCACCCUCCCCCUUCGAGCCGCCUUCUAUCCCAUAUCGCCUGCUUAGCUCACCGCUGAGAUUCUUGACUCAGACGCUCUACAACCUUAUUCUAUUUCUGCGGGGCCCGUCUACCUCCAAGCCUCCAUCUUCAAGUCAAAUCCGUAUUGUCUGCAUUUCCGACACCCAUACACACAAACCUACUUUCCUACCUCAGGGAGACGUCCUAGUGCAUGCGGGUGACCUUACCAGUGACGGCACAGUUGCCGAGAUUCAAGAUCAGAUUGAUUGGAUAUCUUCUCUACCUUAUGAGCACAAGGUCGUCAUUGCUGGUAAUCACGACAGUUGGUUUGAUCCACGAGCAAGGCGGAAAACCGAUGCUGGCAAAGCGCCACGGUGGGGUGAUGUGCACUAUCUCCAGCACUCCAGCGUUCAGCUCACCUUUCCCAGUCAAGCGCACCGCCAGUUGCGCUUUUAUGGCGCACCACAAGUCCCCCAAUGCGGUGGGGAGGAUUUUGCCUUCCAGUAUCAUCGAAGCGACGAUGCGUGGUCGUACACCAUUCCACCAGAUGUCGAUGUCUUAAUCACCCAUACGCCACCAAGGCAUCAUCUGGAUCUGCCUGCCGGAUUAGGAUGCGAUUACUUGUCAAAGGAGGUCUGGAGAGUGAGACCCAAGGUACACAUCUUUGGGCAUAUACACGCAAGCCACGGUCGUGUACAGGUGUUCUGGGAUGAUACACAGAUACUGUAUGAAAAGUUGUGUUCGAGGGAAGUCAAGGGCGUGGUUAGGGAUAUGGUGGCCAUCCUAGCCUGGCUGGAUAUGAUGAAGUUGGCAAUGUACGGCAUUCUGAGUAUACUAUGGUAUAGAGUCUGGGGUGGAGAUGGAAGGGGGACGGUAAUGAUUAACGCGGCAUUGAUGUAUAGAAGUACAGGACGACUUGGGAAUCCUGCGCAGACUGUAAAUAUAUAA